GUGAAUGUCUCGAACUCGUUCACCCCUACCAAGGAAUCCCCUGAACCAACAUUCUACUCCAUUUUACCUCCAUUUCCACGGGGUUUGUUCUUCCCGAUUUGUGUUUUAGGGUUCCACACAAGAUGGCAUUGGAUGAGAAUGUUGUGUUGCGCGAUGUCACUAAUGCUGGCGUUGUCAUCAGGAACCGCACUGUCAAACACAAGCAGCUUUGUAUUAAGUAAUUGGGUUUGAAGAUUUGGAUGCCGUCUGCUGUGGGAGGGACUAUUUGGUGAUGGUUUUGUAAAGGGGUUCUAUGGUUUUAGAGUUUAUGUGUGUCUGUGACUAGCUAUCGUUUUUUGGUCAUUUGCUACAAUUAUGGAGAGAAAUUCUGCAGCUUGCGCUAUGGAAUGGAGUAUCGAGCUGGAGAAGGCUCUCCGUUUCAAGAAACCAGGUCGGGCUGUUGAAGCUAUACGUCAGAUUGGCUGUCGGCUUCAGCAAUGGAGUAGAGAGCCAGAACCCAAUAUAGCUGUAUAUAAUAUGUUUGACCUUGUUACUUGGGAGGAUAAGCUAUUUUCCAACACUAUUCUCCUACGGCUUGCUGAUGCCUUUAAGAUUGAUGACAAGCAUAUUAGACUUGCAGUUGUUAGGGUUUUUUUAUCCGAGCUUUAUAGCCGCGACAGCUCAAGAAGUAAACAAUACCAAGGGAUUCUUUCAAAGGCAAGGGUGCAAAAUCCCCAUGAAUUACUUACUCGAGUCAAGGUUGUUCUUCAUGGAGGGGAUCCUGAGGCUAAAGCUCUAGCUUUGAUUGUAUUGGGAUGUUGGGCACAUUUUGCAAAAGACAGUGCCCAGAUACGUUAUUUGAUAUUUUAUAGUCUGUUUUCUUCUCAUCUUUCGGAGGUAAAAGCAUCUAUAUUUGCUGCUGCGUGCAUUUCUCAGUUAGCAGAUGACUUUGCACAAGUCUUUUUAGUGAUUUUGGUUAAUAUAAUGACUUCUACUACAUCCUUGGCCAUCAGAAUGGCUGGAGCUCGAGUUUUUGCGAAAUUGGGAUGCUCACAUUCAAUGGCCAAAACUGCUUAUAAGGCUGGACUUGAGCUUGCCUCCGAUACUAGUGAAGAGGGUUUUUUGAUUGCAAUGUUAUUUUCAUUAUCCAAACUGGCUUCCAAGUCAAUAUUUAUUAGUUCUGAGCAGGUGCAAUUUCUCUGCUCAUUUCUUAGCCACAAAAAGUCCGUGCGCGUUCGAGACACAUCUUUGAGGUGUCUGUGUUUUAUUUUCAUGAAAGGAGCAUGCCAGUUUGUUAAUAUGGAAUCUGUGGUCAAAAUUUUAAUUGAUGCACUAGAUGAACACAUGCUUCCAACUUCUUCACAUUGUGAUGCUCUACGACUGUUGCAAAAGAUUAUUUUCUAUGUGCGGCGAAACCCUUCAUUUUUGGAUGCAAAUGAAUACUCUAACCUGGUUAAAGCAGUGGAGAAUGCAGCCCGAUCUCCAGUAAAGUUAAAGAGGCUCCUUGCUUUCCAAGUGUUGGUGCCUUUAUCCUUACAGCUUUCUGGAAAAAUGGAAGUAGAAUCAGGAGUUUGUUCAUUGUCUUUGUUGCCAUCACGGGUUAUUUCACUAAUCAUGGAUCAAAUUGCAUCAUUGGCAAAGAUGUUCUUAGAUCUUCCUCAGUCAAAUUCUGAAGGGUUUCAAGAAAUUAAAGAGCUGCUAAACCUUCUCCUGCUUAUUGUAAGGGAACAGUCAGAUUUGUGGAUUUUGCUUUUGGAAAAAAUAUGUUUAACUGCUGCACUAAUUAUGAAGAUGCAUGAAGACGCCUUUGAUGGUCAGCAAAGAGAUGUAGACUUUGAAGUAAACGAGAAAAAUGAUAUCAGCUUGAGAUUUUCUUUCAUUCUAUAUGGUUUUGUGGCAAUCUCCGUUGGUUAUCUAGGUCAAGUUAUCUCUAUCACGCCUGAAAUAUUUGACAAGGUGAAACUGUUGGUCAACAGUGUAUGCCAAAGCUGUUUGUUUAGUAGCCAUACUUGCAUAAUCUAUUCCUUGCUAUUGAACUGUAAAUUCAUUUUGAGUUGUAGGAUAGCUGAGGAUUUUAGGAUUUGCAAUAACAAUGGGUUUCCACAUUUCACUUUUUGUGAAGAUUUGACUGAAAAUGAGAUUUUUACGCUUGAGUGUGCUAAGAAGUUACUAAGAGUUGGGGAUGAAUGGCCUGCGUACAUGGCUGGGAGACAUGCAGCAUGUCAUGGAUCAUGGUUUGCUGCUACCUUGAUUUUUGGCCAUUUAAUUUCAAAGGUUCGCUCUGAUAUCUUCCAUUACUGGUUGAAAUCUUUGUUUCAGUUUGCUCUUGCGGAAAGAAAAAUCCAAUUUCUACUGUUACCGCACUAUGGUUCUGGCUUGACAAUCUGGUUAGAGAAGGAAGCAAUUCUAAACAUGUUUCACAUUCAAGAACAUAUAAACCAUCACUACACUGGGAGUAUCACCGAGGGCAUUUACUAUGGCAAGCUUUCGGAGACCUACCAGUGUCUUUUCUCUUCAGUUGAGGUCUUAAAAGCAGCUGCCGUCCCACCUGUUCAAUCAUUUUGUUUCCAGAGAUGGUUUUUGUCAUUAAGAGCUAAGAUUUUAGGAACUGUGGGGAGCAUACUAAAGACAUUGCUAAACGUUUUAUGUAGUAUUAGUACUGACUAUGGUAAGCUUGGGACAAACAAUACCGGUAUUAUCCUUGAAUCUGUGAAUGAAUUUAGUAAAUUAUCUUUGAAGUUAGAGAGGCUUUCCCAUGAAUUUGAUCUCAUUGGAACGACUUUUAUUGGAAUGGACACCAAGAGUUUGAACGUUAUUUCCGCCCUUGCACUGAAUUGCUCUUUGUUGGCCUUUUGUACUGGUUUUGCCUUUCAUGUUCCAGACUUGGCUACAACUCUUAUGACCGAAAAUGUGGAUGAUUUCAGAACUAAAUUACGUGCAAUACUCAUUCAAAAUCUGACUAGCAGGCUGCGGCUGGUAGACGAUGAAACUAGUAAAAUGCUUGCACAGCUUUUUGAGGUCACUGGACCACCAAAUAACUGUUCGCAUUUGGUUUCAAGAGGCAAAAUAUUAGACUUGGGGUACGAAGUAAGAGGUAUCUUAACUCUCUGUAGGUAUGCCAUUUCUGAGUUUAUCCGUAUGCAAAGCAAAUCAAGCGGAGUGGAUAAAGAGACAUUUCUCCAGGUUAUCGAGGAUGGUAUGCAGUUUUUAUCAAAUAUUGUUAUGCUGUGGAUAAGCAUUCCAUUUCGAGUGCCUAAGCGUUUCUUUUUUGUAAGGCCUUGCAUUGGCUGUGAACUCUUUGCCACUACCGAUGUGCAUAAACUAGAUGAAAUAUCUAUCCCAUACGGCUUCCACCUGUCGUUAAAUCUUUGUCUUCAACUCAAAAACAUCACUCCGAAUAUGUCAGUUCAAAUCACCAAGAUGUACUGCAUUUUGUAUUGUGGUUCGUCCUUCCAGGAACUAAAGCACAAUGGGAAGAACAACGGGAAAAACCAUCAGGUCUAUGAAGCUUGGGAAAACGACGACAUUGUAGAAAUGCAUAACAAACUGUUGCAUUAUGUGACUGAGUCGAGUAAAAACGAGGCUUAUAUAGGCAAGUGCAGCACAUCAGGUGUUUGUAAAACUGAUAGGGUCAUUGAAGUGUUUGUGCAGUUCGAGCCAGAUGAGAAAGGGCAAGGAUUCUCAAAUUGUUUGUUUGAUGUAUCUCAUUAUCCUGUAGGUUGUUAUAGAAUCAAAUGGUAUAGCUGUUGUGUUGAUAGUGAGGGGUGUUUUUGGAACCUCCUCCCUUUGAAUUCUGGACCAUUAUUUACUAUCCAUCAACUUUGCUCAGCUGGGUGAUUUUCAUCAAAUAAUGAAGUUUCACGUGCGAUGGGAGUAAGAAAUUAUAGGGAGCCUUUUCUCCUAUAGGUAAGGGAGGUUUUGUAUAUAGAAAACAUACUUCACUGCAUCUUAGAUUAUGUUUAUCUUUGUGUAUCUUGUGACAAACUAUUUUUACUUUAUUAAAAUAUUUUUAUUUUCUUUUA